CUGGCGGGAGAAGGGUUUUGGGAGCAUCGAGAGGGUAGAACUUUCUCCGGCUUGAGGUGGGCAAACUCGCUUGCGGGCUGCCGGUACAAAUGCUGCAGGAGCUGUGGCCGCCCCUCUUUUGUCACCUUAUACAGUUCUCUUUUUCCUAGACCCCACUCAGGUCAUCUUUUCCAGUCCCACGGUGUUGCUGUGAGCAGGGGACUGGGCACUCACGAGACCUUCUAGUCCAGGGGUUGGUUUCGUCCCUGGAAGCUUGGCAUCGAAGAUGCCCUGGUGGGGAUCUUAGCGAUGAUCGUGGAGCUGCAGUAAAUUGUACAUGGCUACAGUCGUAUUGCACAGUGUACAAUCAGUGUAGUAAUUUUACAGAUGAGGAAACUGACCGGAACCAGAGAAUAACUUCAAGAUGAAAUUGAGUCUCUCCAAGGUGGCUCAGGGCUAUCGGCUUGGAACAUUAAAUAACCUGGGAAGGAAAGGGGACCGCACCAUGGAGUUUCCAGGUUGCCUGCUGUACACCAGAACUGGGUCGGCUCCACAUCUUACUCAUGACACGUUGCAAGUCAUCAGCAGGGUUCCUGUCAUGACCCAACUCACCCUGUCUUCACUGGCAGAACACUAUGAAGUCUUGGAGGAAUAUAAGGAAGGAAUUGGAAAAUUUAUAGGCAUGCCAGAAUCGAUGUUCUAUUGUUCCCUCCAUGAUCCUGUAAACCCCUGCCCAGCAGGCUAUGUAACUAACAAGUCUGUGUCUGUGUGGGGUGUUGGAGGGCGCCUAGAAAUGACUGCAGCCAAGUUCAUGUCAGUUCAGCAGGCCCUUCAGCCGGACUGGUUUCAGUGCCUGUCAGAUGGGGAGGCUUUGUGUGGUGAAGUCUUCUCGGCCAAGAGAGCCAGAAAGUCUGUGGAUCGGUCCCUGGCUUUCCUUGAUGAGUGUCUAAAGCUCCAGGAACAGUCUGAGGUUCUUCGAAGUUGUGUGAUGAUUGGAGUAAUUGAAGGUGGUGAUAUACUAGAGGAAAGGCUGAGAUCAGCAAGGGAGACAGCAAAACGGCCUGUAGGUGGCUUCCUCCUGGAUGGUUUUCAUGGAGAUGCCAUGACAAAGGAGACUAGGUUGCAGCUUAUAUCAGCUGUCACAGCUGAGCUCCCAGAGGACAAACCGAGGCUUAUCUGUGGUAUUGGCCAGCCAGAUGAAGUCCUGGAGUGUAUUGAGGCAGGCGUGGAUCUGUUUGAGAGUUUUUUCCCUUACCAAGUGACAGAACGGGGCUGUGCUUUGUCAUUCAGCUUUGAUUACCAGCCUAAUCCUGAAGAUACAUUAUUACAACAAAAUGGGGAGAAGGAAGAAGGAGAAAUCGGGGAUUGUAUAGAUAAAGUCACAACAACCAAACGCGUUCCAGAAACAUCUUUUGAAAUAAAUCUGAAAGAAAAAAAGUACCGUGAUGAUUUUGGUCCUGUGGUUGAGGGCUGUUCCUGUUACUGCUGUAAGAAUCAUAGUCGGGCUUAUGUCCACCACCUCCUGGUGACCAAUGAGCUGCUAGCUGGGGUUCUCCUCAUGAUACACAAUUUUCAGCACUAUUUUGGCUUCUUCUGCGCUAUCAGAGAAGCUCUGAGAAAGGAUAGACUGGGACAGCUGAAGGAACUCAUCUGCAGGCAAGCAUCUUGAGACCCAGGAAAUAGAAGAUAACCACAAAUAUUGAACAUGGAGAAACUCAGGAUACAUAACAGACCUAGCUUUGAUUGCUGGGCUUUGGGACCAAUGAUAAUAGCAAUAUUUAACAAUUAUAUAGUGUUUUAAGGUUU